CACAGGCAUCCAGUCCUCUGGCUGAUCACAACAUGAAGGCCUUUGUGGUGAUUGCCGCACUAGCUGUGGUGGGCUCAGCUGCCCCCGGCAACUAUGCCAACCUCAGGAGUGCUGCUUCCCCCGCUGGCCUGGGUGCCAUCGCUGCCCCUGUGCACCUGAAGACCAUCAAGGUGGAUGAGGUCAAGUCUGCUCCUGUGACCGCGAACCACGCUGCUCUGACCUACUCGGCUGGCGCCAUCGCCGCUCCUCUGGGCUACGCCGGCCACGGCUACGCUGCUCCCCUGGGCUAUGCUGCCCACGGCUAUGCUGCCCACGGCUACGCUUCCCCCGCCGCUGUGGCUGUGAAGGCUGCUGCACCUGUGGAGCUCAAGGCCAUCAAGGUGGAUGAGGUCAAGUCAGCUCCUGUGACCGCGAACCACGCUGCUCUGACCUACUCAGCUGGAGCCAUCGCCGCUCCUCUGGGCUACGCCGGCCACGGCUACGCCGCUCCCCUGGGCUAUGCUGCCCACGGCUAUGCUGCCCACGGCUACGCUGCCCCCGCCGCUGUGGCUGUGAAGGCUGCUGCCCCCGUGGAGCUGAAGACCAUCAAGGUGGAGGAGGUCAAGGCUGCUCCCGCUCCCGUGGCCUACGCUGCCCCCGUGGCGUACGCCGCCCCCGCCGCCUAUGCCAACCACGCCGCUGUGGCUGUGAAGGCUGCCCCGGCUGUGGCUGUGGCUGCCCCCGCCGUCACCUACACCGCCGCCGCGCCCGCCAUCGUCCGUCAGGAGGUCGAGAUCCCCGUCACCAAGACGGUCCACUAUGCUGACCAGCAGGUCGUCACUGGACACACCACGAGCAUCCACAAGCCGGCCAUUGCUGCCCCGGCCAUCGCUGCCCCCAGAACCCUGGUUGGCAAGACCGUCACCAACCCAGCCACCGUCAGCGUGCAGAAGUACGCCGCCGAGGUCAAGACCAUCAACCACGUGCCCCAGCCGUACGAUGUGCCUUACGAUGUGCCCGAGCCGUACGCUGUGCCCACCCCCGUGCACACGGCCCCCGUGGAGGUGAGGAAGCGUGUCUACGCCCCGGCCGUCCAGGCUGCCCCUGUGGCUUACGCUGCCCACGGCUACGCUGCCCCCGCUGCUGUUGCCGUCAAGGCUGCCCCCGCCGCCGUUGCUGUGAAGGCUGCCCCUGUGGCUUACGCUGCCCACGGUUACGCUGCCCCGGCCGCUGUUGCUGUCAAGGCUGCCCCCGCCGCCGUUGCUGUGAAGGCUGCCCCUGUGGCCUACGCUGCCCACGGCUUCGCUGCCCCGGCCGCUGUUGCCGUCAACGCUGCCCCCGCCGCCAUUGCUGUUAAGGCUGCCCCCGUGGCCUACGCUGCCCACGGCUAUGCUGCCCCGGCCGCUGUUGCCGUCAAGGCUGUCCCCGCUGCUGUGGAGCUCAAGUCUGGCUACCUUGCACCCGCUCAGGCUUGGUAAUUUCACCCUUCCCUAUGCCACACAAUCAGAGCUACAGUGCAGCACAUUGGUGGGAAGGAUGAAGUUGCUCUGCUUGCGCAGCGUACAGCUUGUGUGAUUGAUGUGAGAGCAGCGUCGGCGUGUGGUGCCCAGACAUGUUGUGAUCAUCUUCCUCAAUAUAUUUCCAUUUUUCAUCGUA